UUGAGCAGGCAGACGUGACAGUUGCUUUGUCUUGACUUGCCCGGCAAAUUUGUUUCACACGACAGCACCUGACACGACAUCAUUCGUGUUGGAAAAAAAUUCGCAUUCUUGCUGGCUGCAAUGUCCAAGAGAAAAGGUGUGAGUGCUGAAGAAAAGCGACAGCGGAUGCUGCAAGUCUUCUAUGAAAAAAAAGAUGUGUUUCAACUGAAAGACCUCGAGAAGAUUGGUCCCAAAGAAAAGGGCGUCAUAGCGCAGGCAGUGAAAGAUGUUGUUCAGUCUUUAGUGGAUGACGGCCUGGUGGACUCUGAAAAGAUCGGCACAUCAGUUUACUUCUGGUCGUUCCCAAGCAAAGCUGUCAGUACGAGAAAACGUAAAUUAGAUGAGCUGAAGACAAAAGUGGACGAUGUACAGAAGAAGCUCAAGUUUGUGGAGAAUCAGCUGGCGAAGGCUCAAGUGGGAAGGGAAGAUUCGUCUGAGCGAGAGGAGCUAAUUUCCAAACUGAGCGACUUGGAGUGCAGCCGUGAUGAGGUUUCAGCUGAGCUGGAGAAGCAGAAAGACUGCGACCCCGAGGUUCUGGAGGAGAUCAAGAAGCAGACAGUCGUAGCCAAGGAGGCAACCAACCGAUGGACAGAUAACAUCUUUUCAAUCAAAUCCUGGGUAAAGAACAAGUUUUUCAUCGAGGAGACUGUGCUCAACAAGCAGUUCGGCAUCCCGGAAGAACUGGACUACGUUUAAGCUUCGGUAAACAUCGCCUCGGUCUGUACAUACGGAACCAAUAUUUAACAGAAUUUCGUCAGCUGCGCUUCGCGUGGCUGUGAACUUUAUCCCCUCUCUGCAACAGCUGUUGCGUCAGCCGUGACCUGACACGUAAAUGAAAAUAAAGGUUGUUUGUUGGUG